GUCAUAUUGGUGAACAAACAUAGACAACUGAAAACGUAAACAAAGAUUGUUGACACUUUACAGAAGGAGAUGAAACCGGUGAUGUUUGUUUGAAUAGCAGUAUACCUGCCAACUUGGCACAUUUCAUAAUUAACAAUCUGUUAUAUUGCUUUGAAAUUGUGAAUAUUUUAAAAUGGAAGACUUCAAACAGCGAUUAAAAUACGAUGAUAUCGCCAUUCGCACCCGAUGUGUUCAAAAAUUAGUUCAGAUUGUUAAGAAGAAGACCAAAGGCGAAUUAGUUACAGCCUCAUCAAAGCAAAUUCCAGAGCUAAAUUUACUUUGGGAGUCUUGCCUUUGUGAUUCUCCAUCAACUGCUGAUUUUGUUAUUCAGGGUUUAGUUUACCUUGUUGUGAAUAAAGUCAUAGAUGUCAGCUAUGCUGUCAACAAGUUUCUUGGUAGCAUUUCUUCUACUGGUAAUGCUCCUGCUCUAGUUAAAGGUAUUUCUAAAAUCCUGAUUCAUCAACAUAAGAAAAAACAGGAUAAUACUCUUACCAGUCUAUAUUCCUUGCAUCAUCCAAAACAUCCUCUAAUAACUGUUUUGCAAAACAAUGAAGAUUACUUACCUUUAAUUCUCAAAAAUAUUGCCGAUGCUGUUGCUCAAGAAAAUAUUGUGGGUUUGAAAGCAAUGGAACCUGUAAUUGAUUAUCUCUUAUACAAUCCAUCUCAGAAGAAUAAUUAUUCAAAGGUUUUGACUUUAGAGGCCCUCAUUGAUAUAAUUAAAGAGGAGCCGAAGGCUGCUUUUUAUGUUUUGCGUUUUAUACCUUAUUUGCAGAUUGAGACUUAUGAACAUGUGUCAGAGGCUUCAAUGUUUACUUUAAAAGCAAGACAAGCUUUUUAUAGCUCAAAUUUCUCUGAGAAUGACAAAUAUUAUAUCUCUGAGCUUUUUUUGCUAGCUUCAUUGUCCUUAUCUGAAAGAUGUUUGGUGCUUGGUCAUGACCCUUCAAGAUUAUUGGAAUUAGCUUGCAACUUAAGUUCCUCAUUAAUUCAAAUCUCACAGAUGUCUUCCUUUGUUAAUGUUUAUCUGAUUAUGAUAUCAUUUGCCCUCAAAUCUGCAACUACUCUUCACAUGGAGAAACUUGUUUCCAUUGCUAUAACUCUGCUAGAUUUACAACCCAUAUCUCCAACAGUGGCUUCAUUCUUAGCUUUUCAAAUUAUUCAACUUUUACCUGAACCGUCCAUUGUAUCAUUCAAUGAAGGAGCUAAAUCAAAUUUAUCUCAGCUCCUUGAUAAAUUGGAAACCUAUUUUUUAAAUCAUCAAACCGCGGAAAGUUUGCAAGAAAAGGAAGAUUUACUGGAUGGUGACAAUAAAGAAAAAAGAAACAAUAUCUUUCUAAACACUUUUACUUUUUGUGCCACAACUUCAUUUCAAUGUGUUGAUUUUGCAAAUAAGUUGGACAAGUGUGAUUGGAAUUCAAAAAUGAAUUGGAUGAAAGCUGUCAAUACGUAUGUAAAAGACUGUAGUUCUUCGGAAAAUUUGGAGGUUGUGUUUGGCAUUGUGUCUGCUUUAUUUCUCAGCUGUCCUGAUCGUGUAGAAUAUCUGAGUAGCUGCUUGGAUACUUUUGAAUUUAUUCUUUCAAAAAAUAAUUACUUGUCAACGAGAAUAUUUUCUCUUCUUUUAUACAAGCAAAAUCUGCUGGGGUUGCCUGAAUCAAAGUUCCUUAUUCUUACCUUUUUACCAAAAUCUGCUACUCAUAAAUAUGCUAUUCCUCCUGUUAUCAGCAUCCUCAGUAGCAUGUCGAAUGAGCCCGAGUUGAAAGCCAUUUCUAUUCAUUUAAUGCUAGAACUUUGGAAAAAACAUGAUCGUGUCUUUUCUUAUCUUCACAAGAGAUUAUUAGAGAGCAAUAAAUCUAUUUCUAAAGAUUUAAACAUCAGUGAAGUUGUAAUAUCUCAAGCAGCAGCAAUCAGAGAAAUUUGCUUAAUAGCCCCAGAAAAACAUGGAAGUGAUUUUUUAGGGAUUCUUUCUAAAAUAUUUAAUGAAUCUAAUGAUGAUACAAGUUCACCUGCUGCCUGUUUAGCUCUAGAUGGGGUCAUUAACCUUUGCAAAACAGAAAUUAUAGAUUUGAGAUCCACUUGGAAAUUAUUAGGUCCCAGAUUGAGUAAGGAUAAAAGAAUUCCAGUCAUUUGUAAAAUGUUUGAACUACUCUCUCUUAUUCCUGAGUUACAAGUGAGUUCUCCUGAGUUUGACACAUUUAUGAAAGACAUUGUAUCUAAAAUCUGGAAACAAAUUGCGUCUGGAGUAUUACCACCUGAUGCUGAGAGUGUAGCUUACAAAACAUUGGCUAAAUUUUCUAUCGACUGUCAUGAGCUUAAACAACUUCCAACUGCUGCCAAAGUUAACCUUGCAUUACCUGCUUCAAUGAAAGCCACUCCUUUUGAUAUGAGUAAAUCACCAGAAGAUGUUCUCACUUACAUACCUGGCUAUGCUUUUAUUGAUUUAAUGAAAAGCAUUGACUGUGAAAUAGUGCUUGAAGGCUAUUCUGAUUUCUUGAGUUCUGUCAUUCAGCAAGAAGUUUCAGCCCUACCAAGAAGUGUUUAUAGUCAAAGAAAGCAUCUUCAAAAAAAUCAGAACACUAAUGAAAUUUUGAUGAAAGUACCAAAAUUUUUAUGCACUCUUUUUGAAGCUAGAAAAUCACCUGCUUUGCAGAAAAAUAUUGCUCUGGGAGUUCUUCUCUGUUAUGUACCGCCCAUUGAAUUUAGCAAAGAUGGAGAACCCAUGAAACGAUCUAUCGCUGGCCAAUCUCGACUUUAUGAACAAGUUCUUUCAAUUCUUUUAAAUGAAGUUAAUAUUGAUGCAACAGAAUGGCAAAGAUCAAUUCUCUUGCCCGGAGCAUGGGGGUCAUUUAUGGAACGAGCAUUUUUUGCUUCUGAAGAAGCUCGCAAAACAGAAUUAGAAUUACAGCGGAAUCUGGGACACAUAACUGUGACUACUGAAGAAUUCAAUUUUCAGUGCAAAACAGCAUGGUUAUGGGUUCGUGACCGCAUUUUGAACCUCAUAAAAACUUGUGUGAAAAAUGCUCCUACUUCCCAUGCAAAUGCAAUCUAUGCCAUUGCUGGUCUAGUUCGUGCUCUCAUCAAGUACCAUUCAAGCCUUGAUGAUGCUUCUAAAACAUUAUGUGAUGAAUUAGAAAAUUUCAGCAAGCAUGACAUUUUUAUUGCUGAAUGUGCAGAAACAAUUCUUUGCGCCAUGAAAAAUGAUUAUCAACCUAAAGGAAAAGUUCAUAGUUGGUUGUUAACUCAUUUAUCUCGACCCAAUUCCAGUUCAGGAUACUUAAUCAAGGGUUGUAGCUGUGCAUCAUUAUGCCACCUUUGUCCUGUUCUAAUUCAUCAUUACAACAAUGAUUUGUCUUCUCUUAUACAAGAUUUGAUCGAUAAUCUAACACACAAUUCUCCGGUUUUGAAUUUUUAUUCUGGUCUUGGAUUAGGAAUGCUUGUCAAAGCUUUAUGUGAUGUUGGAUUUCCAGACAGUGGUGAAAAACAAUCCCAAUUGUUGCUCAUUACAACUAAAAGACUUUUCAAUCUCUAUUCCAAUGAGGAAACUUCUUCAGUAAGUAUUCUUCUAAGUUUGACACUCUCCAUUGCUGCUUUGAGCCAAGUGUCCAGUGAAGAUUAUAAAGAUUGGAUCUCAACCACUUGUAACAUUUUUCAUGAGAAGCUUAUGGAAGAAGAAGUAUCAUCAAUGAGUUAUGAAUCACUGAGCAUCUGUGUAUCAGCCAUGAUGAUAGCUGCUGCAGAUGGAAGUUGCAUGAAUGUAGAAUCUAUUGAAUCUCUGGCCAAAUGGUUUGAAGAUAAACAGGCUGAUUUACCACAGUGUUCUGGUACAUCUGUGGCUUUAGGAAUUCUAAUUGAAGCUUUGGAAAGAUUUGGAUGUUCCUUAGGGCAGAAUUUGAAAGAGAAAUUACAGAAGGACUGGUUUAAUACCCUAUCUUCUGAGAAAAAGCAGACACUUCAUCGAAUAGCUGCAUUAAAUGGAUUGUGCGCUCUAUAUUCUUGUGGUAGAGGACUUCUGUUGGCUAAAAGCAAAAUAAGUAAUGUCAAUAAUAUGAUGAAUGAUUUGAUAUCAUUAAUGUUUCAACUUCUAAAUGCUACAAGAGAUACAGGACUUCAAACUGUUUGCUCUUGGGAGGUUGGACGAUUGUUUUCAGUUCAUUCUUUCAAUCAAGAGUCUGAAGAGUCUGUUCCAUCAAGCUACCACUAUUUGAAUGAAAAAAGUACUUUAAGAUUUCUAAUGAAAACAAUUAUUGACAAUGCUUCUGAUGAGGAGCACGUGAGCGAAUGCCACCAGUUAACCUGCUUAAGAUCGUUAAAAAAGGAAUUUUCCAGACCUUUACCCCCUCUGAAUUGGAUGCUUGUGUUAUCUCCAUUAUUGGUAAACAAAGAAGAUCACGCAAUUGUCGAAACUGUAUUAAGUGUUUUGAUCUACCAAUCCAAAAGUUCAGCUCAUGCAGCUAAUCUACUUGCCUCAUAUUGUAGCCCUCCUCUUAUACAUUCGUUACAUGGAAACUGCUGGAAAAUUCUUCUAGAAAGCAUUCCAGAUUUAAUUACAGCUUUACCAGAUGCCAAACUACAAAUAUUUUUCCCAGCAAUUAUAUUUUAUGUUACAAAACAUGACGAAAAUUUUGAAUCUGAUGGAAAACUCUUGAUGCAGGGAAUUGCGGAAUCAUUUAAAGUAAAGAAUUUAAAACAACAAUCUAUAAAAAUUCUGCAAAAUGCAUUUGUUUCAGUCUUUAAACAUCUGAAGAAAAACUUUUCCCUGUUAUGUGAGCACAUUUCUUGGAUAUGUUCUGUACUGUUAUGUUUACCUGCAAAGCACUUAGAGAAUUCAUUAUGUGUUACUAAAAAUAACAGUGAUAUUGUUCCACUUACCUUUAUUUGGUGCUAUCUUGUAAGAUGUGGAAAAAAGCCUCUCUCUUCUCUUAGGCCUUGUAUUGAAGAAGGAAAGCAUGCUUCUUUAAGAGAUAAAGAAUACAUUUAUUCUGCCGUAUGUAAUUGUUUCCUGUCUGGUAUCUGUAAUGAAGAGAGUGAAAUUAAUGUGCCUGAAAAAUGCAUUUCUUGGUUGAUGGAGACAAUAGGUUGGGUUAAUGUCUUGAAUGAGGCAAAAUCUCAAUUUCAACUUCUUACCGUUGGAGAAGUAUUUAGAUUUUUAAAUGAUGUUUGUGUAGCUACAAUAAUUGGUUGUUCUGGGCUGGAAUGUUGCUAUAGCUUGUUACCAGUAUCUAAUUUAACUCAUCAUCAGCUCAUAGAAAAUCUUCCUAUUGCCAUUACAAAGCUCUGUGGGAAAGAAAAAUGGCUCAGUGUUGUAGAUAAGCUAAUAGAUUGGUUUAUGAUGUUGCUACAGAGUCAACAUAUGGAUGAAAAUGACAAACACUACAUUAAAUUAAGCCUUUGCUCUAUGAGAAGUUUAAAAGAAUUUCAGAAAAAUGAAGUAUGGACAAAUGUGAUCAAUAAUAUUUAUUAAUAAAUAAUUUAAAUAAAUGUAUUUUACAAAAA